GUGGUCUCUGGCCUGAAACAAGCCGAAACUUCGAUGCGGCGCUUCUGCCAGAGUCAUGGCUCUGACGUGCUGCGGGAGGCUUCCAGACUUCCAGCAUUUCUCUGUGAUGCAGCCCUCUACUACCAGAGCGAGGCCUCGGUUCCUUCGCAUUUAGAGGACCAGUUGUCUCGCUUGGAAGCUGUGGCUGAUGAGUUUCGAGCUAUUGCACUGGAGCCUGAAACAGAUGAGUCGAGGCCAGAAAGCGAAGAUUUGCGGGUGGAUAUCGCUGUGCUGCUGGAAAGCCUCAUCAUGGGGAGCUUUCAGGCACUGGCAGAAUACAAAAAGAUGCACUGCAGAUUGGAGCUGGUGGCCAAAGAGUGUCAGACCCCACACAUGGCCAUGCAGGGACAUAUGCGUGAGACUCCGCUGACCGCAGGGGCGUUGCUGCUGGUUCGGCUACUGCCCAUUAGGUUGGGCGGCUGCGCUGCUGCGUGGCUGGCGCUUGGAGUGUUCCGGGGCCGCAAUCACUGCUUGUGGCUGCUGGGCGCUGCUGCUGGAGCGUCAAGAAGCUGCUCUACGGCAUCGGGCUUGGCACUGCGGCUGCUGGUGCACUACAUCCUGGACUUCGUCCUCUUCUACGAGGUCCUCUACGUGGUGCUCUCGCUGCUGCUGGUGGCCUAG